UUAUUUGGCCUGCUUGGAGCUAUGUUAGCUGGACUGAUUCAGAAUUGGAAGAUAUAUGUUGCUAAGUUUUCAGCAUUGGCAAUGCUAGGGUUUGUUGCUAUCAUCAACUGCUUUAUUGGCUUACUACCACUUGCUGAUAACUUUUCAAGCAUCGGAGGUUUUUUGUCUGGAAUUCUGCUUGGUGUUGUAGUCCUUUUCAACCCGCAGCUGUCAAUCAUGGAAAGGAAGAAGGGUUUAUUUGAUUAUGACUUGAAUAAAUCUGUGAAACUGAAGCAGAAGCUAGACAAGCCAAUACCGAGGAUAAUUGCUUUUCUCAUGUUCGUUACAAUUCUUGCAGGAGGUUUAGUGGCAGUAAUCUGGGGAAUAAAUGCAAAUCACUAUUGUUCGUGGUGCAAGUACAUAAACUGUAUUCCAACCGAAAAGUGGAGCUGUAAUGAAAGGGCACCUGCUUGUGAGGCUAUGGUAAGCGAUGGGAGGCUGACAUUAAUGUGCUUGUUUGGUGACAAGUUCCGGACAUUUCCAUUUGACAAUAUCUCGAAGGAAAGGAUAGAUGAGUUGUGCAGUAUAACAUGCUCCUGAGUCUGUUUUGUAUGUUUUCACUCUCUUCAAAAGAAAUCCCAAUAUUCUUUGUUGUAUCUUCUUCCUGUUCAUAGCUCUGGUGUUUUGUUGUACUACAUAAUGUGAUGAAUCAUCCUGGACAUUUUGGUGUUUCUUAAUUCAUUGAUUUGUAAGUCACUGAAUUCCUCAGGAUUGUUAGUUGUUGUGAU